AUGAUCAAACAAGUACCGAAGCUUUAUGGAUUUCAGCUUUCCAAAUUCAAAUGCGAGUCUAAGAUCCCAACAUUUGAGCUUUUACACAAGCUCGGUAUAGUUUCAUAUCCACGAUCUGGUUUAGCCAAUUGGACGACAAUGGGCCUUUUAAUUCAAGAUAAGGUUAGUUCGAUUAUUCGCCAUUGUUUGGACCAUUGUGGAUACGAGGAACUACGUCUAUCGCUUCUUUCCCAUAAAUCCUUGUGGGAGAAAACAGGAAGAUGGGAUCAACAGGAAAUUUUUAAAUUGAAAAAUGAUGAUUUUUUAUUGGUGCCUACAGCCGAAGAAGAGAUAACCGAGUAUGCAAAGAGGAAUUUAGAUAGUUAUAAGCAACUUCCGUUUAAAUUUUACCAAAUAAACCAAAAGUUUCGUGACGAGAAAAGGCCAAGAGGCGGGUUGUUACGAGGCAAGGAGUUUUUAAUGAAGGAUGCUUACUCGUUUGAUAUUGACGAAGCCCACGCAUUAAAGAACUAUUCUUCAGUAGUUGAUGCUUAUCAUCAAAUUUUUCGUAAAAUUGGGGUUCCUUAUGUCAAGGCAAAAGCUGAUAGUGGAGAAAUGGGUGGUGAUAUGAGUCACGAAUGGCAUUUCUUGAACGAAAAUGGAGAGGAUACUGUAUUUACAUGUAAUUCAUGUGGUCACAUUUCAAAUCUGGAAGUUACAACUGCUUUCCCAAUAAAAGAAGCAGAGCUGAACAAGUUGGCUGAGGGAGAUGAUGAUGUAGCUGUUGGAUAUUUUAUGAAUAGAGACAAAUCUACUUUGAUCUGCGCAUAUUAUCCUGCAAGUCGAACUUUAGAGCCAAGGUUUGUUCAACAAGAGGUGCCCGAUUUAGAUUUGAGUCAUUGUAAACCAGAGAAGGAAAUACUUGAAGAAUUCAGUACCAACACUGGUGAUGAGUUAUCUAAAAGGGUUGUACGAAUAAUGGAUGCUAGAUUGACUUCUCGCUCAAAUUUCCCAGAUUUUCCAGUAAACUUCAUCAACAGAUCAAUGAUUACUACACUAACUGAUAUACCGAUUGUGCUUGCCAAAGAGGGUGAAAUUUGUGGAGAGUGUGAGAAGGGACACUUGGUGCAACUGAAUGCCAUUGAGGUUGGACAUACUUUUUAUUUGGAUGAAAAGUACUCGAAACCAUUGGAUUUGAAAGUUGUUGUGCCUGUGAAUGAAGGCACUCUUGAAACUAAGAAUGUCAAAAUGGGCUGUUAUGGAAUUGGCAUCAGUAGGGUUAUUGCAGCAGUUGCCGAGAUUAACAGGGACUCGCAUGGAUUAAGAUGGCCUGCUAGUAUUGCGCCGUGGCAAGUUACGGUUAUUUCAAAUGAAGAAUCGAGAUUCGUUAAAGAGCUUGCCUCACUAUUGCUGGAGACCGAUUAUAGAUGGGACGAUAGAGAUGUUUCUAUAGGUAAAAAGAUUAUGCAAUCAAAUAUGAUGGGCAUUCCAUUGGUGGUAAUUUUAGGUAAGAAUUACCCUCGAGUGGAAAUUGAAGUUAGAGGUGAAAGGAAAAACGGAUAUUACGAUUCUUUGACAAGGUUGCAAAAACAAAAACAAAAAGAGGAUGAUUUUUAUUGGGAAACACAAUAUUUGGAUGGAAAAGACGUUAAGCAUUUUGUUGAUAAGGAGCAUCUACCUUUUGUUGUGAAAAAUCUAUUAGAUUACUUGUAA